AUGAAGACCCCCAUCCUGCUGCAGGCCUUCUCUGGACACGCCUUUGUGGAAAAAGGCGUCGUUCAUGCCAGCCUCGAUGUUUCCGCAACCGUGCGGGCUUUUGAUAAGCGGAUCCGCGAGUUGACUGGCUUCCGCUUGAAAGGGCUGACACCAAUCUCGCUGGCCAAGAGUGUUAGCGUCUCGACUCUCUUUGCGCAAGUCCGCAAGGACGCUUUGAUAGAGUUUUGA